UCAUAAGAACUUGUUAAAACGAGAGCACUCAAUAGGAGUCGGGGUUUGGGUUCAGCUCACUUCACCUUUUGCCCUUUGUGGUAUCAACGCUCCUCAUUUCUCAACUCCUCAGCUAAAUAAUCAAACAAAUAUACGUUUGAAUUUGGAGAAAUCCGGUUGUGGAAUCGGAAGCAAUAGAGGAUGGGUUCGGCGAUGAAAGCAAUCUACACCGUUGGAUUCUGGAUCCGUGAGACAGGCCAAGCCCUUGAUCGGUUGGGCUGCCGCCUCCAGGGAAACUAUUACUUCCAAGAACACCUCUCGAGGCAUAGAACUUUGAUGAACCUGUUUGACAAAGUACCAGUUGUUGAGAAAGAUGCAUUUGUGGCCCCAAGUGCCUCUAUAAUUGGUGAUGUUCACAUUGGUCGUAGUGCUUCUAUUUGGUAUGGGUGUGUUCUGCGAGGUGAUGUGAACAGUGUCAGCAUUGGAGCCGGAACUAAUGUCCAGGACAAUUCUCUAAUCCAUGUAGCUAAAUCGAAUAUCAGUGGAAAGGUUUUGCCUACGAUAAUUGGCAAAAAUGUUACCAUAGGUCAUAGCGCUGUGUUACAUGGAUGUACUGUUGAAGACGAGGCAUUUAUUGGUAUGGGUGCAACCGUGCUUGAUGGAGCUGUUGUGGAGAAAAAUGCUAUGGUCGCUGCUGGUGCCCAUGUAAGACAGAAUACAAGGAUUCCAUUCGGAGAGGUCUGGGGAGGAAAUCCAGCGAGGUUCUUGAGGAAGCUCACAGAAGAAGAAAUAGCGUUCAUCUCAGAGUCAGCCGCAAACUAUUCUAAUUUAGCGCAGGUUCAUGCAGCUGAAAAUGCAAAAGAGUUGGAUAAGAUUGAAUUUGAGAAGGUGCUGCGAAAGAAACUAGCGCGCAAGGAUGAGGAGUAUGACUCUAUGUUGGGUGUUAGUGAAACACCUCCAGAGCUUGUCCUGCCUGAUAGUAGCCUACCAGACAAGGCACCAAAGGCCUCCUAAGUGUGGUUUCCAUCUGGGGUAUCCUGGGAUUUUGUGAUGUUAUUGGGUAACUCUUUUUUGUUUUGGGCGGAUUAACGUCAAAAUGCCUGUGAUUAGUUUCCAAUAAUUAAGGCCAAGCUGAAAUAUCAAAGUUUAAUACGGGUAUGCAGCUGUAGCAUUUUUCUACUUAUCAUGUCUGGCUGAUCAGUCUUUUGAUGUUCUUGAAAAAACAAGGUUACACUAGAGCUUAUAUUUGUCUGUUUAAGCAAUAUGAGAAACUUCACAUAUUUUACUCCUCAA